UCCCGAAAGCGAAGGGAGGCGAAUCAAACCACAUUGCUCACCUCACAGUUUUUCUUCAUCUUCUUCAGUUCAUUCCAUACCAAACCAGACAAAACUCACGAAGAUCAGCUGCAGAGUUUGAGUUUCUCUCUAGCCAUGGACAGAUUGGUGAAAGCCGACGUGAAGGAAGUGGAGUUAUGUUUCAAAAGAGAUCAAAAGUGCAGCACGACUUUUAGACUCAGCAACCUCAUGCACACCAUGUCCGUCGCAGUUAACCUAACCACCACAAACCCAUCUCUCUUCUCCUUCACACAGCCCUACUCUAUCAUCCCUCCUCUCUCUUCUUUCUCCUACACCCUUCUCCUUUCUCAGCCCUCUGCGCACCCCCCUCUCCCUAGCACCGUCCCUAACGACGUCAUCAACGUCAAGGCCUCGAUGCUGCCGACGGGCAAGGCGGGACCGGAAGAUCUCCGCCGCCUUUUCGCGAAGCCGGGCCAGCACGUUUUCCGAGACGCCACCAUACCUAUCUGGUUUGUUGGGCCACACGUGGUGGAGUCUCUCAUAUCUCAGCGGAAUCAGAUCUCCGACUUCGGUGUCUUCUUCGACAGAGCGGUUUCUGGGUGCUCUGGAUCUGAGCUCACGGGGCUUCUCGGUCCCGCAAUAGCUUCCGGCGACUCGAACUUGGUUUCGAGCUUGAUCGACGCCGGUGGAGAUGUGAAUAAGAAAGUUUCGGAUUUCGGGUGUUUGUUGUCUCUGGCUGUUCGGAGCGGGAGUGUUGAAGUUGCUAAGAUUCUGAUAGCUUCAGGAUGUAAAUUCGAUAGCUCGGUUCUGCACGACGCGGUGGCAAUGAAUAGGGUCGAUCUAGUGGAGAUUAUGUGCGAGAGUUUCCCGGAACUUGACGUCAACUGGGUUGACUCCGACUGCCGGACUUCGAUUCACAUAGCAGCGGGGAAUGGCCACGUGGAGAUGUUGAAGUUUUGUGUUUCUGUCGGAGGUAGUGUGGAGGUAUGGGACCGGAAGGGGUGGACUCCGCUCCAUUGCGCCGCGGAGAAGGGUCACUUGGAGCCGACUAAGUUUUUGUUGGAGUGUUCUAAUGUGAAAUAUGUUAUUACCAAGAAUGGAAAGACAGCUUUCGACCUCGCAGCCGAAAAUGGUCACUUGAAUUUGCUCAGUCUUCUCCGAUUCGACGACGUUUUGCUCAGGGCGGCGAGGCUGGACGACGCUCACGGCCUAAAGAGUUGCCUUGCGGAAGGGGCAGAGGUGAACGGGAGGGACCAAAAUGGUUGGACCCCUUUGCAUAGGGCCGCAUUUAAGGGCAGAAUUGAGUGUGUCAAGGUGCUGCUCAAUCACGGUGCUCAGCUGGAUGUGGUAGACAAUGCGGGCUACACGCCACUGCAUUGCGCGGUGGAGGCGGGGCAUGUUCAAGUAGCUCUUUUGUUGGUGGCUCAUGGGGCUCGAGCCAAUAUGAAGAGCCUCGAGGGGAUUUUGUCUCCGGUUAGCUUGGAUCGGUUUAAGAACCACCCUGCUCUUGUUUAUCCUGUUUGUCAUGAAAAGGAGAGGGCUUGAGAAAUGGAAACCAAGUAGUACUAA